CAGAAAAUGGCUGAUAAGCAUCACAUGUGUCUGCUGGGACUGAUCACUCUCUCUGCACUUCUCACAGGUAUGAAUGGAGCAGAAGUGACUCAUGUGUUCUGCAGUUCUGGUGAAAAUGUCCGUCUGUCCUGUAAUAAUGCUCUUUCUGGCUGCACAUCAACUACAUGGACCUAUGACAGACAUUCAGAGGCAGUUGAACUGAUUGCUGGAGGAAUAAAGAAGAAAGACACAGAGAUACAUGAGAGACUGAGUCUGGACUCUGACUGCUCUCUGAACAUCAAGAACGUCACAAAAGAAGAUCGUGGAUCUUACUCCUGCCGACAAUAUGUGAAUGGAGUACAACAAGUAACUGAUGCACGUGUUUAUCUGCAUGUUCUUCAUGUCUCUUCAUCAUCCUCACAGUCUGAGAUCAGAUCAGGCCGCUCUGUGACUCUCUCCUGUCAGUUAUAUAAUGAUCAAGUCUCUUGUGAUUCUUUGGUUGGUUCUGAGAGGAUUGAUCUGAUCUGGGUGAAUCAGGCUGGUGUGAAUCUGCAGACAGACUCCAGAUUUCAGAUAUUCUCCUCAGAACAGUGUCUCAGCUCUCUGACUACAACACUCCUGAAUGAAGAUCACAACAGAGAGUGGAGAUGUCAGGUUACACAGAGAAACCAGCUGAAGACCUCAGCCACAUAUACUGUCCAGUAUUCAGCUCCAACCGAAACAAAGACACCGUCUCCAGUCACCAGCUCUACAUCAGCUGCAGCUCCUACACAACCAGGUGUAAAGGAUUCAACACUGAUUCCAGUCAGCAGCUCAAACUCUGAGAAAUCAAGUCAAACUACAGCAGCUCCUACAACACGAGUGUCAACUACAGCAGCAACACAGAAUCAAGUGACUACUCUAAACUGUCUAAUUCGAGUGAUUGUGAUUAUUGUUGAGAUCGCAGUGUUUGCUGCUCCUACUGUGAUUCUUCUUCAGAUCAUCUGUGUGAGAAGAGCUGGGAGGAAGGACUCCUACGUCCAAGAGGAAAUAGAAAUAGCGACAAUAUUAGAAUAAAAUACUCUCUACAAAUAUCAUUGUACAUUGUAUAAAUUUGGAAAGCUUUCAAUAUCAUUUUCCAGUUCUCCACAGACUUUAAAUGUGAUAUGAAUUAGAGAUUGAUUAAAAACAGCAACAUUUGUACUUUUAAUAAACAUGAAUGGUUAUUUACACAGAUGGAAAUCAUAAUAUCAAUAUAUGGUAAAGAUGCUUCAGUGUCAUGACAACCAGAGAAACUGUGGAAGUCUUUGUUCAUGUGUCUAUUAUCAGAAAAACACCGAACAAGAACAGUGUUCAUGACCCAAAGCACUCAAGUACAGUAAAUCAACUAAAGAAUGGCUGGAAAAAAGUUAUGCUGCUUCAAGUCCUGAUCUUAAACCAACUGAGAUGCUGUGGCAUAACUUAACAAGCACUGUGCUCUCGAGACUGAAACAGAUCUGUAGGGAGAGAUAAACCAAAACUGCUCAAAAGUCUUAUCAGCAGCGACAGAAAAAAUUUGAUGGUUUUGCUGCUGAAUCUACAAGUUAAUAAAUUCAAGAGCUCACUUACUUUCUCUGCCCUGCACUGUUUAAGAUUACUCAGUGUAUUCAAUAAAACUGUG